UUCAUGGCGUCAAUUUGAAAACAACGGAACUUGAAAAAAUCACCGCGUCCUUUGCAGCGUGCUCCCUUUCCAACUCGUUUUCGGUGGAAAUAAAACAGAUUUUCGGCAGAAUUAGCGCUGAAUCAGGGCAACCAGUGCACAGGCAGUCCCUGUGAGUGAAAACCCAUUCACAGAUAUUCACAGAGCAAAGCGAAAAUGGCGCUCUCCGCCUUGGCGUCCUUUGACGAUCUGCGACGCUGCAUGCAAGUGCUGACCGAUGGAACGGCCGAGGAGGAAUUCCUGCGCUUCCUGCGCAUGUUCGAGCAGUACCACGAAAAGUGCGCUGGCUACGCGGCCGAGACGGCGAGGAUCCAAAGCGAGCUGGACAAGUCGCUGACCAAGAUGGGCGACCUGGAGGGCAAGCUCUUCCACGCCCGCCGCAUCAUCGACAUGGAGAUCAAGGCGCGUCGCCAGGCGGAGCACGAGCGCGACGCCAUGGAGGGCAAGAUCAUGGCCGUGGCGGAUCUGCUGCGCCACGAGCGCAAUCUGAACAACGAGACUCGCGACAAGUUGGCCUUUCUGCACACACUGCCCUCCUCGAGGAAGCGCAAGUCCCUGAAUGCCGUGCGCGAGGACAAGUCCUACGGCGACAUCAACUCCACCGGCUCGCUGCUAUCCGAUCUGUCCAUUACCCACUCUGAGGACGACUUCCUCGAUGUGCGCACAUCGAAAUCGUGGCGGGAGCACCGACCCUCGCUGCCCAAGAACCAGAUUCCCUGUGUGGGCAACAAGCGAUCGCGCCUGAGCACGGGACUCAAUGGCAGCAUGUCCGGGAAUACCCCAACCACCGGCAAGUCGCGACGCUCUGGCGUCGGCAUCGGAGUCGAGCAGCACACGGUGGAUGUGGGUCAGGGCGCUGAGCGCUUUUGUGCCACUACCAAGGUAACCAUACCCCAGGAUGGGCAGGGCGUCAUCCGGGCAGAGUCGACUAUCGAGUCGCUGCCGGUUAUUGGCGGCCACGAGAGAAUCGGUGACGGCUUGUCCUCGACGCCACGACGAUCUGUUCUCAAAGAGGCCACCGCUCCGCCGCUGACGCCGGUCAACGCAAUGGCUUCCCACGUGGCCGAAUCGGGAACUCCGCUGCAGCAUCGUCCGCUGAUGAGGAACCACACCUUCAGCCAGAAGACGUUCUUGCGCGGCGACAAUUGCGUGCAGUGUCAGAAACGCAUUCGGUUUGGGGCCGUUGGCCUGAGAUGUCGGGAUUGCCCGGUGCGCUGUCACAUCGACUGUCGGUAUCUACUGACCGUGAGCUGUGUGCCCCAAACGGGAACGCCCACGAUGAAGACCAUGACGGGCUACGUCACAGACUUUGCCCCGUCCAUUGCGCCCAUGAUUCCGGCUCUGAUUGUGCACUGUGUCAACGAGAUAGAGGCCCGCGGCCUCACUGAGGUGGGCCUCUACCGGCUGUCCUCGUCGGAGCGGGAGUACAAGGCCCUGAAGGAGCAGUUCUUGCGCGGCAAGGCCACUCCGCAUCUGGGCAACACGGACAUCUAUGUUUUGUGCUGUUGUGUUAAGGAUUUCCUGAGGUCUCUCACCGAGCCUCUCAUACCGACCAGCCAGUGGAAGGACUUCGCCAACGCUGUGCAGAAUCCAGACACCAAAGUCGCCCAGGAGAUGCUGUACAAGUCGGUGAAGCAGCUACCUCAGGCAAAUCGGGAUACGCUGUCCUUCCUCAUACUGCACUUCCAGCGCAUUGCCCAGUGCCCAGUCGUGCUAAUGCCGAUCGAUAACAUCUCGCUCAUCUUUGGGCCCACCAUUGUGGGCUACUCCACACCAGAUCCAGACCAGCAUGCGAUCUACACGGAGGUCUUCACCCAGAAGCAGGUGAUGAAGGCGUUGCUCGAGCUGCCCGUUUCGUUCUGGGAGCAAUACAUCGUUAUAGAUCCAACAAGAACGCCGGCCACAGUGAUCAAGCGGGUGCCCAGCAGCAAACAUGACUUGCUGUCGCUGUAUGCAACUCCCUUCAAAGGCGGCACCAUUAAGAAGCGAAAGUUCUUGGGCACGCCGCCGGCAUCUGGCCACAAGAAAUAAUGAGCCUUUCCUCGUUGGAAAGCAUUUGACGUGUUACUUAAGUUUACUUCAAGUAUUUGCAGUUUUUUGUUUCCGCCCAGCCAUCCCCGAGCUGUAUUUAUAUUUGUACCCAACUAACACUUGGAAUUUUUCUUUAUAAUUAAUUCGAGCGAUUAUAAAC